AUGGUUUCCGCUGAUGUCGGCUCUAGCGAGGAGUUGGAUAUUGUAGACGAGGACUUGCUUCGAAACGAGGACUCCCGAGCUGCUGGGUUCGUUGGCAAAAGCUCGGAGAUUCAAUGGCUUCGACGCUUGAGACAAGAUGUAGAGCAUCAUGAAGUCGUUCCCUCGAGCGGAUCCGGUCCCUAUGGGCCUCCUGGCACUAGUGCAGAAGCAUCUUCACGGCGCCUCGAUGCCCUACGACAGCGCCAACACUCAGAUCCGAAUACCCACGUACCGCUUAAUUCCUCGACCUUCUAUGUAGACGACCAAGGCUUAGAAGUCGACUAUACUGUGUACCCUUUCGAGUUGCCACCGAUGGAUGUCGCUCAGGGUCUGAUCAAAGGCUAUAUGGAUACCGUGCAGGAUUCUUUCCCAAUACUAUCGAGGAGCAGUUUCAUGGAAACCGUCCACGAGCUAUACGCUUCCGUGGAGCAUGGAGCAUUCCAUUCCGUGCCGGACAAAUGGUUGGCAGUGCUGAACCUAGUGUUUGCAAUCGGAGCGCAGUAUUCGUAUCUGGUGGAAGAAUCCUGGAACAUACGUGGCUUCAAUCAUCUUACCUACGUUUCUCGCGCGCACAUCUUAGGCCUGAGCACGCCCGAUUUGGUCUCACAUCCGGACCUUAUGCAAGUACAGAUUACGGCACUACUUGCUCUCUACUUCCUAACGACGGGUCGCGCCAACAGAGCGUGGGUCGCCAUCGGCAUCUCUGUCCGAUAUGCUCAUGCGCUAGGGCUACACGUUCGUAACGAAGAUCGAGGCACCACAGUAUCACAGAAAGAGAAUUUGGUAAGGAUCUGGUGGGGUCUCUACACUCUUGAAGGAAAUCUAAGCACCACUGUGGGCCGUCCAAGUUUCGUGAUCGAGGACUUUUGCUCCGCGCCUUUGCCGCUACCAUUGGCUUUGGAACGCAUGUCUGACGAGACAUUGGUCUCCUCGAUGUAUGCACAAUAUCAAGGGUGCACUAUUCACCAAUCACCUACGGUAGCUACUUCGGAGCCUUCAAAUGCAGGCUCUUACUUGAAGAGCAGAGCCCGGAUGGGCGCGAUCACGCAACAAGUCGUGACAGGCUUGUACUCUGCCAGAGCAAUUGAAAUGUCGUGGAAACAAAUGCAGCAGAAGAUUUCCGGUCUACGCGAACAACUCGAAACAUGGCUAGCUUCACUCCCAUCCGACCUUAAUUUCACGCAACCGACCGUUCACGCUACUUUUCAACGCGAGCGCCUAGUUCUCAACAUGCAAUACAUCAGAACGAAGAUUCUCAUCACUCGUCCUUGCCUGUGUAGACUGGAUGAUCGUAUCAAGAAUCAGACAGAGGCUUCAGACAGAUUCAACAAGGACACGGCCAAGAUCUGCGUCGGUGCAGCUGAGGCGAUGGUGGGCCUUUUACCAGACACUGUUGAUGUGCCAUACCUUUAUCGAAUCGGUCCCUGGUGGUCUGUGGUUCACAACCUCAUGCAAGCACUCACCGUUUUACUACUCGAGGCGUCUUUUGGUAUGGUCCAUGUUUCUUGCAGCGACGACGAGAUCUUAUCACGCAUCAAGAUACUCGUUCGAUGGUUGAGUGUAAUGAAAACAAACAACGCAAUGGCGGAUCGUGGUUACUCUUUGGCUUCUGGAAUAUUGCGAAAGCUAGCACCGCGCAUCAAUGCGAAUGUUUCCGAUUUUUUGGGUGAGGACAUCGACCACACUGAGGAUCCUGCAGCGCACAGUAUUGAUGCGCAAACACCAGCGGGAGAGUACCAUGGAGAACAUCUCUUCCCUACUGAUUUUGAUUUGCUAUCGGGAGCACCAGACAGUCAACUGGCUGCAUUUGGCAGCCCCCAAGCAGAUUACAUGACCAUGUUCGCAUACCCAGUAGCGUCCACUCAUUCCGAAGAGAUAUUGCCAGAGUGCGUGGGUCGCCGUGAGACAGCUCGUCCCAAUCCAUUUCAAAAUAGCCCACAGCUAGGCGAUCCGAUCAUGGCUCAGUAUGACGAGCUGAGUCCCUUUUACCCUGCUGAGGAUACUGUUCAUACGUCUCCAUCCUAA